AUGACGACGGCAGCACGAACUAAAGAGAAUGGUUGUGAUUUUUCUUUAUUUAAAACACCACUUCGUAAUCCACUGCGUACACCAACACGUAAUGGUAUGUUACCAUCUGCAACAUUGAAUGACUUAGCUUCAUAUUCAAAUAGUAAUAAUAAACAUCUCAAAUUCAUUGGUACAACAAGUAUGAAUGAUUUACAAAUGUGUUCAGAGGCAAUAACAACACCUAUUCGUUUUAAUAAAAAUAAAUUUACAACACCAGUUUCAACACAACAUCGUCGUGCUUUAGGUCUUGUUAAUCAUAAUAGUAAUAGAAUAUGUCGUACGUCAUCAAUUAAUGAUCUUUCAGCAAGAAACACAUUCAAAGAAAUGACUAAUAAUAAUAACGAUCAAUAUGAUGAACCAUUAGCUCUUGAAACACCAACUUCUAUUAAUAUAAAUACUCAUCCAGAAGAUGAUCUUCCACAUAAUAUUAAUUCUUAUCAAGAUACAUUUGAUGAUCUUAUACUAACUGAUGAACGUAUUGAAUGUAUGAUUAGAAAUCGAACUAAUGGUGUAAAUUUUUUAGAUUAUUAUGGUGGUAUAGAAAAUACAAUUCGAUGUCAAUCGCCUGUUUGUACUUAUCUUAAUGUAUCUACUUUACUUGACAUGGUCGAUAUUCAUAAUUAA